AUCGACUGCUUCCAUUGACCCCUCAUGGCCGCUUCUACAGCUCUCCGUGGUGCACCUCAGCGUGACGACAAUGAGAAGAGAUCAUCGUUACCUGCCAAAGGGUUAAUUCCGCUCAAAGCAACAAUCCAAAUCAGACCAUCCAAUCUGGCGGCCGCUACAACAAUCAGUCCUGCUCCUCAAUCGCCACAGGCCCCGGUGCCGCAAUGCAACGGGCCUACCAGCGGCAUAACAACCAUCCUGCCACGACCAAAACCAGGCCGUAAGCCUGCAAGCGAUGAGCCAGAGAAUAAGCGCAAGGCUCAAAAUCGAGCUGCCCAGCGGGCCUUCCGGGAGCGAAAACUUCUGAGCCAGCAACAACUGGAGCUCGAGAACAAGGAGUUGAAGACUGAGAAUGAGCGUCUGGAAAAGGAGAUACAACUUCACAAAAACAACAUAGCGCACUUUCAAGCUACUCAGGCGAGGCUGGAUGCGGAGCUGACCGAGUCGAGGCGCCGCGAACACGAUCUACGCUCUCAGCUCGAGAUUAAUCUAAGUACUCUGGCUGCAUGCGAGAGACGGAUGCGUGAAGCCGAAGCUAAGACCAAUCAAUACUUGAAUGAACUCCACAGUCUUCGUGCGGAAGCUGCCAUCCUCCGGUCGAAAGUUAACAAACCUGUGCGACACUCCGGGAGGCCAGACGCAUCCAUUCCACCAAGUGUCACCAAUCCAACUGGAGGCUGCGAUGACUGCGGAAAGGAUGGAUCUUGUCCUUGCGUUGACUCUUAUUUGCAGAAUGACGAAGCUGCGUCGAAGGAAAAUACCUCUUCACAGCGAAAUCCCAUGUCCGUCGAGUCCAUGCUAUCACCAACCGUCACCUCAGAACCUUCUCGAAUGAACUCUAUUCCUGAGCUGAUCAGCGACCAUUCCAGCCCAGAGGACAUGGAAAUCGACUUCACAUACGCAUUCAAAACUUCUCAGCUAUCUACCAUCCCUAAAUCCGACAAAUGUGGGUUUUGCGAGGAUGGAGGGAAAUGCAUAUGCGCCGAGGCAGAAGCCAACAUCGAAGUUGCGUUGCCUCAUCCAGAUCCACCUGCAACUGUUGCCAUCGCAAAUACGUCAGUACCCAAAUCUUCCAAACCUGGCACCUGCGCCCAAUGCCAGGCAAACCCCGAGCAAAAGGCGUACUGUGAGUCCUUGGCCCGCGCUCGACUUUCCAGCCGAGGCACCCCUGAAGGAGAACCCGUCACCAAACGCUCCCGCACAAGUACACGCAAUGUGCCCGUCCCCUGCGCCGAGGCGUAUCAGUUGUAUAAGCGAUAUUCGUCAAGCAAAGAGGCCCCCAGUUACGAUGAGGUCUACCAAGAUUACAUGAAAAUGCAUUCUACGGAAGUUCGCGGCGAUACAGCGCAAUCCUCAUCGACAUCGCAGUUAAUGGGCGUGCAGCGGCCGAAGGAAUUCAGCGCGUACGAGGCCGAUAUUGCAGCAGUAAUUGCCACCCUUCAUAAACAGCCACCCAGACCUAAGAAUUUGAGAGGCACAAAAAGUUGAGGAGAACUUUGAGAGAUUUGGUAAUUGCGAAAAUAUCCAGAAGCAGCGAGGUUCAAGUUCUUAUCGAGCUCUACGCUUUGCUGCAUAGUUUCAUUACAAAGCCCAAAUCUAAACCAGCUCGCUUUUUGUGCAAGUAGUUUUCAAAUUUAGGCUAAGCGAAUACCGUCCUCGGUCCACGGGAAUUUGCUGCGUUUCGGCAUUGUUGAUGCUGAUGCAGUAACAUUCCGCUGAUCCUUGACAAAUCUCGUGCGAGCACUUGUCCUAGUCCAUAUUCGAAGGGCGAUCUUAACCGGUGAUCAGGCCAGAGCUUUUGGGUCAUUAGAAGUACACAUGUAGUUACCGAGGCUCUAGUCUCUCGCAUCAUCUUCGCGCUAGCGGGCUCCACAGCAAAAGGUAUAGACAUUUUAAAACAUCUAAUACCUGUACUAUCUGAAGCUUUUUGGACCUUGAGAGGGUUGGUUCAUAUCAAACCCAUUUCAUAAGUUAGAAUAGCGAUAUUUAGAUGAUUAGAUGGUCGGUGUUGUGACGAACUUUACUGUGAUUAUGACCUUGAUAGGAUGAAUAUAUGCAGAAAUUACUUCUCGA